CCGCCACGUGGUCUGCGCUCAAACUCCCGCCCGGAACAGUCAUUUGUCAACACUGCUGCAGGUCAGACCGGUCUGUGUCUUUGUCCUCUUCGCCCAGUUUUACCAGAAUGGCUGCAAAUAAAGAAGAACCAGACAUUGACGAUAGUCUUGCCAGCGAGGAGGAGCUCGAGCAGGCCCUGGCUGUGCUGGCUGGAAGCGACCCAGAAAACUGCUCCUAUUCUCGGGGCUAUGUAAAGAGACAGGCUGUGUUUGCCUGCAGCACCUGCACUCCCAAUGCUGCAGAGCCUGCAGGAGUGUGUCUGGCCUGUGCCAAUAAAUGCCACGAAGGACAUGAUAUCUUUGAACUAUACACCAAAAGAAAUUUCCGCUGUGACUGUGGAAAUGGCAAGUUCGGGGAGUUCAAGUGCCAGCUAAUUCUUGCCAAAGAUGAGCAAAACGACAGAAAUCAAUACAAUCACAACUUCAACGGCCGCUACUGCACGUGUGACCGGCCGUACCCAGACGCAAACGAUCAGUCCAACGAUGAGAUGAUUCAGUGUAUCAUCUGUGAGGAUUGGCUUCAUAGCAUGCACCUGGGCUGCACCACAGUGGAACCUGAUGAGCUGCAAGAGAUGAUAUGUGAGACCUGCAUGAACAAGUUUCCCCUCCUGUGGACGUAUGCUGCUCACUUUGCAGCACCACCUGUGAUCAGUGUCAGUCAGCCUGAAGAGGAAGUAGAAGUCGAUGUAGAGGAAGGAGCAGAAAAGGAAGAGUCCAGUCCAAGCAGAGAUGAGGAACCGUCCACCAGUGUCGAGCACACAAAGCAGGAGGAAGCAGCAAACAGGAGUUCCCCUUGCAAGCGGACCCACGAGGAAAUGACAGGCAGCACUGCAAACGCCACGACAAAAACCGUUGUGUGCCGGCUUGAGGAGCUGCAGGCCGAGGGUCCGGACCGGCAGCGGCAGGGGGCCGUGUUCUGGCCCUACAGCUGGCGCUCCCAGCUCUGCACCUGCAUGAGCUGCAAGAAGCUCUAUGUGGCUGCCGAGGUGCAGUUCCUUAUGGAUCAGUCCGACACUAUUCUGGCCUAUGAGAACAAAGGCAUGGACGAGCCAUUUGGGCAGCACCCGCUGAUGGCGCUGACUAACUCGAUGGACCGUGUGCAGCAGCUAGAGGUCAUUUACGGUUUCAACGAGUUCACAACUUCGAUGACUGCGUUUUUAGAACAGUGUGUUGCUGAAGGAAAGACGGUCACAGUCGAAGCUGUUCACCAGUUCUUCGAGGAGCUGCGGGCUAAAAAGAAACGAAGGACCAAUGCAGGGAACCAGUAACAAGGAGGCCAUGCUGCCAUCAUAUAUGCCUGCUUCAUAUGGUGCUUUGAAUGAAUGUGGAAAUGAGAAAAUCACCCUUUUUUUCCUUGUUAAAUAAAGGGGAUUCUCGCUGCAACCAAUGUGAUCCUAAAGCUUGAACAACUAGUGCAAAGAGUACUAACAUGCUGUUAAGAAAUGUUACUUCUAGUGAGUUUCAUGUUCAAUUGUUUUUAUUGAUUUAAAAGAAUGCCUUAACUCUGAAGUUCAUAAUGAAUGUUACUUGAAUCGUUGAUGAGCAAAAUAAAUUUUGUUCCAGCCCGAUAUGCUUUAAAAAUAUUUAAUUUGUUAUGUUAUGAGUCCAUCAGAGGAACAUUGCAAUGUCAUGUGUAUUCCUGUUCAGUCUGUCAUUUUAAUACGAUGUGUUUAAAUUGUGUUUUCUGGGGGCGACAAACAUGUUUGUAAAAGUGAUGUAAACAAAUAUCGCUGUUUUAUGUGGAUUGUUUCAAAUAAAAAUAUCACGUUUCUAGUGAACAAAAC